AUAGGCGUGUAGCUGUGUCUAACAGCAAUGUCUGUGGCAGACUUUGAGCUGUUUUUGCAUUGAUUGUACAACGACAUUGUAGUUUUCUCGUCUUAGUUGUUUCAACGGUAGGCUUUAGAUCAGUUUAGAGCAGGGUUGCGAGUUAGGUUUAGUUGUUUUUAUCGAGUCUUGAAGGUUCAAAGGCCUUCGAAAUAUCACCAACAUGCCUAGUCAAGUACCCCGAGGGAGGAAUUAUUCUACCAAAGAUGAUUUAGACCGUGCAUUUGACAUUGUGGAGUCUGAGGUCCAAACGUCCUGGAAGAUCCUAGCCAUGGAACUUGGUCAGACGUUAGACGAGAUCCUGGUGUUUGAGAGACAGAGUUGGAAGGUGCCUGACCAGUGUAGGAAGAGUCUGGACUGGUGGAGACUCAUGGCGGGUCCUAAAGGUGCCACGGUACCUAACCUGGUCCGGGCGCUGAGGAACUGUAGAUUGGACUGGGUGGCUGACAAAAUAGAGGGCAAGUCUCCAAUAAGAGUACCUGAAAAGGAGACGAUAACGUUGGAACCAGAAAGAAUAACUUCUGUGACAGAAGAGAGUCAUUCGCAACCGAUUCAACCUACAAAAGCAAACCUAGAUGGUGUACGGUACCUCAAAGAAGCACCGAAACCCAAGCUGGCAAUUUCCAUACCGACACAUGAUACUAGUCCACGCCCAGUUCAGAAGUUCGAACAGCAGGGCGACGAACAUUCUACUACCUUCAUCAUAGUGAAAAAGAAGUCCAAAAUACGUAAGGAGAAAAAACGUUCAAAAUCAGAACCAAGGAAGUCGAGGGUUACAAUUUCUACUUCUGGCGAAACAAGCCCCUUUGAACAGCACUCACAAGUGACAACUCACUUCACCCCAUUGCAACGGUCAGAAACCAUCCAUUCAAGCGCCCCCAUGCGUAGUUACACCAACACUGCACCCCAGAAAAUGUUUUCGGGCCAACUGCAAACAAGACCCAGCAAAAAGUCCCCAGAAACGUCUACACGCAGAACACAAUCCCGAAGGUCAGAAACCUACAGUUCAAGCGCCCCCACGCGUGACUACAGCAGUACUGCACCUCAAAAUAAUGUUAUUCCUAACCAAGAGACAUCAAGACCUAGAGAGGAACCUCCACGAGUGACCAAAGCCUACACGCCAUUACAGCGGUCAGAAACUAUUCAUUCGAGCGCCCCCUCGCGUAGCAACACCAGUACUGCACCUCCACAGCUACCCAUUGCUCCACCGAGAACAAAACAAACCAGACACAGCCGGUUUCUUGAACACAGAGGAAGACCUCGUGAGCGUAAGGUCGACGGUAUCAAAAACUACAAACGGAUUUCCACACAACCCAGGAGGAAACCAGUGGAAGAAAUCACCGACUGGACCAAGGUAACAGUCCAUCCACCAGAGAAGAAGAACCAACGAAGGAAAGAGAUACCAAGAAGCCAGAGUUCCAUCGUCCGUAUUGUGCCUAGUACUCCUCUUAGUACAGAGGAAGGCGACUUUUUAUAUUGGGAGAGACCAUCGCACGAAAGAGGUCCAGUCAUUCCUGUAUUACUCAAACCCCAAAGCAGUUACCAAGACGACAGCUCUGUAGAGCAAAAGGAAGAGAUUUCCGAGAUACACAGAAGCCCAAAGAGCAUUCAACAAAAUGGCGGCGCGGAAGCUACAACAACGAAGCAAACAAAAGCAAGGGAGACAACCCCACCUGUCCCACCGAGACGCAAACGAAGAAAGUCGAACCGUCGAGCGUCCCCGAUGUAUCUCAACAACGAGUACGAUUCAAGCGACGAAUAUACCCGAAGACCCGACGAGUACACCCGACGUCGUUCAUACCGAGGCAUCGUGUUAGAUCGGGAGACAGACCGUGUCGACGAAGACCCGUUGCAAGUCAGAACGUCUACAAGAAUGAGAAGAGCACGGAGCCUACCAGAGGUAUCAGUUGCCCGCGAUGUUGAAGAGGAGAACAGACAAAACUUGAACACAGAAGCGGUACAGGAGUCGCACCGGUACGAUAACCUCCUAUUGGUCGGCGGCACUCGUCGAAUGCUCGGGCAGCAACGCCGAACCCAGCCGGAAAUGUACGAAGAUCAGACGAUUGACAACAAACUGAACGUGAAUCAAGAACAACUACGGGAAGAAAGAUUCGCAGAAUCACGCCAUUCUGAUGGAGAUAUCAUCCAAGAAACGAGAGACGAAUAUUCUUCAAGUCCUCUCCAACUUCACUACGCCGACAUCUUGAAAGAGGAGUUGAUCAUAUACUACCCGCUCGACGAAUUCGAAACUGAUUCUAACUACUCGGCGAGUUUAAACGGCGAGACUGCAUGGGCUACUGAGGAUACAGCUUUCGUGGCUCCAUCCGAGGAACCAGUAUUUCAUACCGCCGAUAUUCUGAGGGAAGAAAUGGUCGUAUACGUGCCAGAGGAAGAGCUUGUAGAAAAUGAGGAAGUUCAGAGAAGUCCAAAUUCGCGAUAUGACAAUGGAAUUCCACAUAUAAAUGCUGGACAUGUAUUUGAAGAGUAUAUUCAUAAUCACACCAGAUCAGAAGAAUCUCUUGAUCGGUUAACUGGAUCGUACGUAUCUUCUGUAAACGUUGGAAAUGAGUCGGAACCGCGUGCAAGUCACAGAGGACCGUUAGAAACAGAUUACGUCAAAAUGUCACGGAAAAACUCGCGAGAAUCAGCGAGUGACGAGACCCAGAAUGCAGCAGGCACUCACGUCGGCCUUUUCACUGAUUAUGUCAAAAUGUCUCGGAAAAACUCGCGAGAAUCAAUGAAUGACGAGACCCAAGAUGCAGCAGGUACUCAAGUCGGCUUUUUCACCCGAGUUCCAAGAAAGGAUCGAGAGGGCGGCAACGCUGAAUCGGACGACGUUUUUGAAGAGGCCAGGUUUAGGCGACUGGGUUUGCAGAAGAAGGCUGCAAGUGUUAAUCGCGAAGAUAGCUUGAGGAAGAAGACGGUGUCGUUUUCUGAACAGCCCAUAGUCAUCCCGUCAGAUGACAACCAAGAGAGUGAAGUAGCGGAGUACUAUGUUGACGCAAUGCUGUGGUAAAUAACAGCAACAAAAUGAAACAACAAACAACAACAGCAGCCAGUACCAUGCAAGCAUGGGGAUAAAAAAAUGGGACACUGACCGCACAUAUCAUAAAAACAUUGAUUUGCCCAUUAUAUGCAUUGUAAGUCCAUAUGUCAAUGAAGAUUAGACAGCAAGGCUGUGGCAUCGUUUUCGUAAUGGCCUAAAAAUCAGAAGUGCUGGAUUUGAAUUCUGAUAUACUUAGAUAAACCCUCCUCGGCUAAACAAAUGGAUCAUGAUCUAUAAAUAGUAAAGUAAAUUAAAGUAAUACACAGAAUAUGAUAAUGUGCAAUAAAGACAAUCAAAUAACUAACGGUCUGAAUUGAUAAAAGGUAAUAAAAGUAAUGCAUGGUGCAUAUUAACAAUGCAAUAAGGAGAAAUAAUGGUAUAAAUUUAUGUAAUAAUGAACAACAUAUAUUAUGUAGUUAUUUCACUUGGUGUAGGUAAUUCAUCAGUAUAUUUACACUUCAGUACAGAGAUUGUCAAGUUCUUAAAGGAGGAGCAAUAUUAUUGUACAUAGUAACACAUACAAAUUUUCAAAUACUUCUAGCCCAUCAUUUAGUGAUACAGAUCCGGAUCUUUAACUAACUUACUGAUGAAAUGCGUAACUUUGUAACUUUUGAAUGCUUACACAUCAAGUCGAGAUGAAAAAAAGGGCUAUAUCAUCGGACUGCAUGGAUUUGUGCUAUCGGGCGCAAAUAUUCUGGUAUGUUUAUGGACAAGUAAUGUAACCACAUAAUUACACUACACGAUCAAACGCCUACAAAAUGUCGUAAGGUCAUGUUUAUU